UCCUCUGUGAUUCACAGGAACGUGAUCGAGAGCAUGCUGCGCGCGUACGUAAAGUGAAUCGAGGUACCGAUCGACGUCCAUUCUUCGAAGUCCAAAGUUUCAGUCAGUGCAAGAGAGAUCUUACAAUUUGCUUUGUUGCCGCGGCGGAGAACGAUCGCAAUCCGACCAUGAAUUGUCUUCAAAACCUUUCAAUAUCAUCUUCUUUGCCGCUGCGAAGCUUCAAAUGCCGGCAGAGAAAGCUUGAGUUCCAGCCCUGCAAACUGGUGAUGAGGAACUUUACCGAUCUACAUCGACGUUCUUCCGUGAAGGCCGUAUCUGGAUCUACAUCAAGUGUUGAAAUAAGUGGCGCUGAAGUGGAUGAUGCCGAGGCAAAGGAGGAAAAAGAGGCAAAGGAGGAAAAAGAGGAAAAGGAGGAAAAGGAGGAAAAGUCUGAGAUAUACAGCCAGAACAUGACAGAAGCUAUGGGUGCUGUAUUGACAUAUAGACAUGAGCUGGGAAUGAACUACAACUUCAUUUGUCCGGAUUUAAUUGUAGGGUCAUGCCUACAGACUCGAGAGGAUGUUGACAAGCUCCGCAGCAUUGGAGUUAAAACAAUUUUCUGCUUGCAGCAAGAUCCAGAUUUAGAAUAUUUUGGGGUUGACAUUGGUGCUAUAAUAGAGUAUACAAGGACGUUUGAUGAUAUCGAACAUUUGCGAGCUCAAAUAAGGGAUUUUGAUGCAUUCGACCUACGGCUAAGAUUACCAGCUGUCGUAAGCAAAUUACAUAAAGCGAUAAACCAAAACGGUGGAGUGACUUAUAUACAUUGCACUGCUGGACUUGGAAGAGCUCCUGCUGUUGCGCUGGCUUAUAUGUUCUGGGUUCGAGGCUACACGCUCAAUGAGGCUUUAGAAUUACUGCUGAGCAAACGACCAUGCUUCCCAAAAAUAGAUGCUAUUAAAAGUUCAACGGCUGAUAUUCUUUCGGGAUUUAAAAAGAAGCCCAUCACUUUAUCGUGGGAAGAUGACCAAUGCUCAAUUGUAGAGGUAUCUGGACUUGAUAUUGGAUGGGGUCAGAGGGUUCUAUUAAAAUUCGACAAGGAACGAGGUGUAUGGAUUCUCAACAAGGAACUGGCGGAAGGACUAUAUGAAUACAAAUAUAUCAUUGAUGGUCAAUGGAGGUGCAACGAAACCGAGCCCGUCACUCCACCCAACAAAGAUGGCCACGUCAACAAUUUCAUUCAAGUUGAUGGUGAUGAUGAUCCAAGUAGUGAGAGAGCUAUUGUCCGAGGAAGGUUAACUGGAGACGACCCAGAACUCACGAAUGAAGAAAGAGGCAAAAUAAGGCAAUUUCUUGAAGCUUGCCCGAAUGAAAAUUGAAUCAGGGUAUUCUUUUACCUAGAAUUAUUAAUUUUUUUACCUCGAGAUAGAGUAUAAUAAUAGUGUCAAUAAAAGAAAUAAAUGGAUCGAAUUUUAUUGGCACGAUUCCA